ACACCAAUCUGUUUAAUCGAAUUUUUUUCAUUGUCGAUCGGAAGUGUUUCGGUAUCCAUGACGAUUCCCGGUGUGGUUGUGACACCGCUUCAGCGUACAGGUGGGAUGACUGAAGAGGAGUACGCACAAUUCCUCGAACACUCCAAGGAAAGUCAUGCACUUGGUCGUCCAGGCAGUGUGGACGAAGUGGCACGCGCUAUUGCCUUUUUGGCGAGUUCAGCUGCCUCCUUCACAACCGGUGAUUUGUUAACCGUUGAUGGUGGUCGUGCAGUUAUGUGCCCCCGUUAG